AUGAAGUCGUAUCAGAAGCUGACCACGGCAGUGCCACAGCCAGUGGCAUGUCAGGGGGAAGAAGAAGGAUCCACCUCAACACCUGCCAGCCAUGGGAAGCUGGCCCCAUGGUGGGUGGGCAGUGGGCUACUGGUAGCUGCCGUGCUGCUCAGUGCUGUCACCAUCUGGGUUCUGCAGCAAGUAUCAAGGGGUUGGCCUGGACCCCCACCACCCCCCAAAUGUCUGCUGGUACCUGAAAGCCACCGCUUUGACUGUUACCCAGAGCGAAGUGUGGUGGUGACCCAGGAGCUCUGCGAAAGCCGGGGAUGCUGCUUCAUUGAGACCACCCCACCGGCUGGAGGCAAGCGAGGGGUGCCUUGGUGCUUCUACCCCCCUGACUUCCCCAGCUACACACUGGACAGCCUCAAUCAGACAUCACUGGGCAUGGUGGGGUUGCUGGUGCGGAGGGAGAAAGCCUAUUACCCUCGGGACAUCAAGAUGCUGAGGCUGGAUGUGGAGUUUGAGACAAACACACGACUGCACAUCAAGAUAACAGAUGCAGCCAAUCCACGAUACGAAGUUCCCCUUGAGGUUCCUCAGGCAAUGAAGAGAGCAGAAAAUCCUAUCUACAGCUUGGACUUCUCCCGAGACCCUUUUGGGGUGCUGCUGCGGCGUAGGGCGACAGGAACGGUGCUGCUCAACACCACUGUAGCCCCCUUGAUCUUCGCUGACCAGUUUCUUCAGAUAUCUACACUGCUCCCAUCCAGGUUCCUCUAUGGGCUGGGGGAGCACCGCAGCACUCUCCUGCACAGCCUGGACUGGACCACCCUCACGUUGUGGGCCCGUGAUGUCUCUCCCACGGAAUCGUUCAACCUCUAUGGUGCUCACCCCUUCUACCUGCUGAUGGAGGAGGGCGGAGAUGCUCAUGGGGUUUUCCUCCUCAACAGCAAUGCAAUGGAAGUGGCCCUACAGCCUGCCCCAGGCCUGACCUGGAGGACCAUUGGAGGAGUGCUGGAUUUUUACAUCUUCCUGGGGCCUGAUCCCAACAUGGUCAUCCAGCAGUACCAGCAAGUGAUAGGUUUCCCAGCCAUGCCGCCCCUCUGGGCCCUUGGCUUCCACCUCUGCCGCUGGGGCUAUGGAUCCAGCAAUGAGACCUGGCAGACUGUGAGAGCCAUGAGGAACUACCAGAUUCCCCAGGAUGCACAGUGGAAUGACAUCGAUUACAUGGAUGGAUACCGAGACUUCACCUUCGAUCCCCAGAGAUUUGCCUCUCUCCCCUCGCUGGUGGAAGAUCUCCACAAACAUGGGCAGCGCUAUGUUAUGAUCUUGGAUCCUGGCAUCAGCAGUACCAACCCUCAUGGCUCCUACUGGCCUUUUGAUGAAGCCUUGAGACGGGGCUUGUUCCUCAACACCAGCCAAGGGCGGCCACUCAUCGGGCAGGUCUGGCCUGGCUUCACUGCCUUUGCAGACUUCUCCAACCCAGAGACACACCAGUGGUGGCUAGAGAACCUGCGGCGCUUCUAUGCCCAUGUGCCCUUCGAUGGCCUCUGGAUUGACAUGAAUGAGCCAUCCAACUUCAUGGAUGGGUCUCAAGACGGCUGCCCCCCAGGAGAACUUGACAGCCCACCCUACGUGCCAGCUGUGCUGGGUGAUUCCCUCUCUGCAAAGACAGUGUGUGCCUCAGCCAAGCAGAAAGCCUCGGUGCACUACAACCUCCACAACCUCUACGGGCUGAUGGAAGCCAAAGCCACGGCCAGUGCCUUGAUUCAGAUCCGGGGGAAGCGCCCCUUCAUCAUCUCCCGCUCCACCUUCCCCAGCCAGGGCCAGUACUCUGGGCACUGGCUGGGUGACAACCGGAGCCAGUGGAAGGACAUGUAUUACUCCAUCCCAGGACUGCUGAGCUUCAGCCUCUUCGGCAUCCCGUUGGUCGGGGCGGACAUCUGCGGCUUCUCUGGCAGCACCUCGGAGGAGCUGUGCACCCGCUGGAUGCAGCUGGGUGCCUUCUACCCUUUCGCUCGCAACCACAACACCCAGAACGAGAAGGCCCAGGACCCAACAGUGUUCAGCCCUGCAGCGAGGACAGCCAUGAAGAACGUGCUGCUGACUCGCUACCUCCUCCUGCCAUUUCUCUACACCCUCUUCCACCGUGCCCACGUGCAAGGGGACACCGUUGCCCGGCCCUUGUUCUUUGAGUUCCCCUGGGAUGUGGCCACCUUGGGCCUGGACAGACAGUUCUUGUGGGGCCGGAGCCUGCUGGUGACACCAGUGCUGGAGCCUGGGAUGGACUCGGUCACAGGCUAUGUCCCCCGAGGCGUGUGGUACGACUUCUACACGGGCUCCUCAGUGAACAGCAGUGGGGAGAUGUUGAAGAUGUCAGCCCCCCUGGACCACCUCAACUUGCAUGUCCGUGAGGGUGCCAUCCUGCCCACCCAGAAGCCAGGGACCACCACCGAGGCAACCCGAAGGAAUCCUCUGCGCCUCAUAGUGGCCUUGUCUCCGAGUGGCACUGCCUGGGGGGACCUCUUCUGGGAUGAUGGCGAGAGCCUGGACACUUUUGAGCAGGGCAGCUACUCCUACCUGAUAUUCAAUGUCACCCAGAACAUCUUCACUUCCACUGUCCUCCAUGCCAGCGCUGAGGCCACAGAGGUCACCACAGACACGCUGACCAUCUUUGGAGUGCAGGAGCCACCCAGCAAGGUUCUUCUGAAUGGUCAGGAGAAGCCGUUCUCCUACUUGCACCAGGUUCUCACUGUGAGCAACCUUGGCAUCAGCCUCAGUCAGGGCUUCUCCCUGCAGUGGCUGUGAGCAGGGGGGCCACCCUCACCUUGCUGAGGCCACCCAUCUGGGAGAUGCUCCAGCCUUGAAGGCCAGGAUUGUGCUAUGGAGGAGGUGGUGGAGACUGUCACCUGCUGCCAUGUGACCCUCUUCCAGUGUGGCUGGGAACAUGGGGCGUGAGGCAGAGGCUUGGCCGCCAGGUGCCUUUUGUGUGGUGCUGGGUGUAUGGUGUGGGUCGAGGUGUGGGUGCCCAUGGUCCCUGCUGCA